AUGCAGGACAUCUUCCAGCCACGUGCCAACUCCAAGCUGCGUCCAGUGACAAACUCCAACACCUCUAGGUCCCCUUCUGUGGGAGGCUCCGAGGCGAGCGGACACCCCCAGAAACUCGUUGCCCUCCGGCGCUGCCAAGGGCGCCGCGCUCCCCGGCCCUCGGCCCAGGCCACAGGUGGCACCGCCCCCUCCCCGGAGCCCCGCGGCCCCCGCUCCGCGCGCUCGCCGGCUUGCGCGGGCCGACCCUUCCCGGAGGCUGCGGCCCGGCCCCGCCACCCCCGGCCAGCCCGCCCGCCGCCCGCCACGCCCCCUGCCCGCGCGCCGCCCGCCCCCCGGCCGGAGGUGGCCUCACCUCACGGGGGCCAGAGCGGGGAGGGCGCCCGGUCUCCGCCCGCCGCCCGGGCCCACGGCCGCUCGGCUGCGGCUCGGCCCCGACGGCCGGCAGCGGCGGCGCGCUUCUGGGGCGCGUCCUGCGCUGCUCGCGUCCCUGCUUCCUGUGUGCGCCUCUCCGGGCCGGCGCGCGCUCCCGCCACGGGUGCCCGCUGCGUGGCGCGCGCCGUGCCCUCAGGGCCUGAGGUCGCCCGCUGGGAUCUUCGUGUGCGGUGCACGUGCACGGACUUGUAA